AUGGAGAAUUCCAUCAGUAAAUCAAUACUGGCUUCUGAAGAGAGUAGCUGGACUACGUACUUUGAAGAUUUCUUUCAUGAUGCUAAUUAUAUCAAUGAAUCUGAUCAAGAUUAUGAUCAACAAGCUUCUUCUUUUUCUUUGAUCUCUGAUGCAGCUUCAUUAAUGGCGGCCAAAACAGUUGAUAUUGGUGAAGAACAAGAUCUGGGUGUUGCAGAACAAAUGUGUAUUUAUAAUAAUAAUGAUAAUAAUAGAUAUAAUAGGUUGAGCUUCGAGAAGAGAAAAACUAUAGAUCAAGAUUUGGAGGAUACUGCUAGUUCUCCUCUUAACAGUCCCAAGGAUAAAGAAAGUUGUUCUAACCAGAUGAUGAUGAACAAAGAAAGGAGAAAUAAUGAUGAUUGCAUGAAAGAUGGGGAUUGUAACGAGUUAAAGAGAAGAGGUCUUUGUUUAGUUCCUCUGUCAAUGGUGAGAGAUACUUACAUAUCUCGUUAG